AUUUAACGGCUUACGGUGAUUGAAAUAUUAUAUUUAAAAGAUUUUAAAGAUCCAUUUACACGUCAACAUGACGAAUACUUGAGUAUACAAUAAUACUGAAUACUAACAAUAAUAUGUGGAAAGCAAAAUUUUUACGUGUCAUUGAGUGCCUUAAAAAAAAGCCGGGGAUUGUUAUUUUAUUACUCCCGUGUCUACUUGUCGUGACACUUUAUUAUAUUUCCGGCAAAUAUUCAACACUAGAAAAUUACUUUCCCGAAAAAUUCUACAAUCCUGACUAUGAGAUUGUGGAUGGCUAUUUGGUAUGGAGUCCAAAGUGCCAUAUGCUGUCAGAAAACCCCAUGGACAAUAGUAUAUCAAAGUAUGUGAAGAAGAAAAAAUUUGAACCCUGUUCAUCUAAGCCCUUGCUUACUUUGAUAGUGAAAGAAGCUGAUGGUAAUUACAGUAUGGUGAUAAAUUCAAAAGCAGCCAAAAGUUAUAGUAAAUUUAUUUGUUGUUGGUCAUCUAUUGUUAGAGUCGAGCCAACUAAACCACUUACAGAUCUCUGGGAUUCGAAAAUCAAUAAAUCACAUUGCGAAGAUUUCGACGAUAGGGUUCGAUUACCAGCAGACAUAGAAACAGUUAUGGUAACAUGUAGAUCAAAAGACAAACCAAAGAACAAAAAAUCUAAUAUACUUUAUGAAAAUAUUCACGCAAUAGUAAAUCCUAUGAAAUUAAAAAAUUAUACAGAUGCGCCUGAAUUAAAUAAUAAAAAAAUAAGUGUUCUUGUAUUAGGUAUCGAUAGUGUAUCGCGAUUAAAUUUUUUACGUAGUCUUCCGCAAACGGGUAAAUAUUUACGCGAAACGGGGUGGACUCACUUGGCGGGUUACAACAAAAUGGGCGACAAUACAUUUCCAAAUUUGAUGGCAAUACUGACAGGACAAAACAGUUCCGCGGCGUACGCAAAUUGUCGUCCAAAGGAAGCCUACGGUUUAGACAACUGUUCGUUUCUGUGGUACAAUUUCCGGCGAGCUGGAUAUGUGACAGCAUACGGAGAAGACGACAGUACUCUCAGUACAUUUAAUUACCAGAAGACAGGGUUCGUUGAUCCACCAACGGAUUACUAUCUACGGCCUUACAUUGUCGCUGCUGAAAAAUAUUUGAAAGCAAAACACAAAUAUGGUUCCGAGUAUUGCACUGGACCAGAGUUAGCUGUCGAUCGUAUUUUUAAUUACGCAUUAGAUUUCGCUGUUACGUUUUUGGACAGACCGUAUUUUGGUUUUUUCUGGACUAACUCAGUAACUCACAAUGAUAUGAAUGGAGCGUCAUCAUUGGACUCACAUCUGCUGGAUCAGCUGGAGUAUCUUGAGCGACGAGGUGUCUUCAAUAACACGUUGGUGAUAUUUCUCAGCGACCAUGGAAUGCGAUGGGGUGAUAUUAGAAAUACAUUUAUCGGCUGGUACGAAGAGAGACUGCCCUUUGUGUAUCUGCGAAUACCAGACUCUUUGAAGAAUCAAAACAAUGAGGACAGCAGUCUGGAUAUCAUUCAGGCAUUAAAAAUAAACGAGCAUCGAUUAACGUCACCCUACGAUUUGUACGAAACACUGCGAGAUAUUUUGGAACGCGCGGGAGGCAAAGCAAAUUCAAGUUCCGGUUGUCCCAACUGUCAAACUCUUUUGAAACCUGUACCCUAUGAACGGAGUUGCGAGGAUGCUGGAGUGUCUCCUCACUGGUGCACUUGCACGGCAUUCAAUCCCCAAUCACCCACCAGCAAAAUCGCCCAACAAGGCGCCAAAACUUUUCUUUCGUACGUCGAGAGUGUUAUCAAAGACUACAAAAAUCAUAAGGGGAAACGUCUCUGCGCCAAACUUAAAGUCAAAAAAAUUCAUCGUGUCAAUCAAAUAAUUAAUUUGGACAACUCAACCAACAGCAUACCGGAAACAACAGAUACAGAUAAAUAUUUUUAUUUAAUUGAACUGAGUCCCGGUGGCGGUUUGUUUGAAACAACGGUACUAUUCGACAAAAACGGGGGUUCAAAAAUGACUGAAGAAGAAGUCAGUCGCAUAAACUCAUAUGCCAAAGAUUCAAAGUGCUUAGAUAAUGGUUUCAAAAAGUAUUGUUACUGUAUUAAUUAAUAAUUUAUAAUUCCAAAAAAUAGUUAUAGUCAGUAUAUUUAUAAAAAUACUUUAUAUAUAAAUAUAUAUGUAUACUUCUCAGUGCCGAUAAAUUGUAGGAAAAAAAAUAUAUAUAUAUUUGAGAGCAAUGAUAUGACAAU